AUGAUUCUCUGGGCUUUCCUCGUGGUUAUUACUAUCUUACUCAUAACAUAUUAUAAAAUAACCUCAAAGACACCAGAUGCACUUAAAAAUAUUCACACAAUUACGUUAUUUAGCAGAAUUUUUUUGACUAUUACUAAACAAUUAGGACAUGACACGCUAUAUUUCCGUUAUAAACAAUACUUUGAAAAGGAUGGAAUUGUAAAGGAACGUUUUAGAGGAAAGUGGACUUGCAUGGUAACAGAUCCAGCGAUUGCAAAGGAUAUUUUAUCAAAACAAGGCGCUCCUGCAUUCAGAGCUUUACCAUUACAUCUUUUUGCAGAAACUGCAUUAAAGAUGAUUGAUAUUUUAGAAACAAUUGAUAAAAAACCUAUUGUAAUUGACAGUUUUAUGCAAAGAUUUACCUUAGAUGUUCUUGGAAAAGUUGCCUUUGGUUUUGACUUCAAUAAUCUUGAAAAUCCAAAUAGUGUUUAUGUAACUGCAUAUAAUGAAGUUCAGAAUGCAAUAUUAGACCCAUUAGCUUUGUUUUUUCAAAUUGAUAAUAUUCCAAUACUAAGACAACAUAGACUUAAAAAGCUUACUAAAUUAAAUAAUAUAUUUAUUGAAAUUAUUAAAGAGAAACGUAAAGCUUUAGCCGCUGGAAAGUCUCAAGGCGAUCUUUUAGAACACAUGUUAAAUGCUAAUGAAAAUCUUGAUAAUCAAAUAUUAUCAGAUAAUGAACUAAAACAUAAUCUAGCUGUUUUUAUACUUGCUGGUCAUAAAACAACUGCAACUGCUAUAUCAACGAUUUUAUAUUUAUUAUCAAUUCAUAAAAAUGUUCAAGAAAAAGCUCGAGAAGAAGUAUUAAGAAUACUUGGUGACAAUUUAAUACCAUCAGCAGAACAACAUAAAUCAUUAAAAUAUUUAAACAUGAUUAUUCAUGAAAACCUUAGAUUAUAUCCACCAGCUACAUUUCUUCAACAUCGUGAAUCAGCUGAAAAUUUAAAAAUUAAAGAUUUUGUAAUUCCAGCUGGCACGCCUAUUGAAAUAUUUAUAUAUGGAAUACAUCAUUCACCAAAACUUUGGACUAAUCCUGAAGAAUUUUUACCUGAGAGAUUUGAAAAUAAAAAUGCAACCAUUGAAAAUUAUAGUUGGUUAGCAUUUAGUAGUGGAGCUAGAAAGUAA